AUGGCAGACGCCUUCCUAGACAUGGGGAUGGAGUCACUCUCAGCCUCAGAAGACAGAAACCUAAGUGACAUGCAGACCCAGAUACCCCAACGAAGGCAACAGACUGCACCACCAGGGCAACCGGAACAACCAUUAGCCACUAAGGUCGACCUUUCAGGCAUUGUGACAGACCUCAAGGCCUUUUUCACGACGGAAUUAGCAGGCCUUCAAAUCGGAGCUGAGCACGCUUAUGGGCCGCAUACAAGCCACGGAAGAAGUGGUCCAGGACCAGAAGACCCA